AUGGUUAAUAUGCAGAACGAGAAUGGCACAAACUCAGGGAUAGCCAAACGUGCACCAUGUACGUGGGUCAGCAAUAUGAGGUGCCGACAGCCGCUGAAGACGACAGAGAACACGGUGCCUCCUGUUACGGGAAAAAGAAGAAAGGUAACGAAGCAGUCCAGCACGCCCCGCAGUGAGAACUUCAGCAAACCCAGAAGUGCUCAUGAAAGUGGGGACCUGCCCAUGGAGCUGAAGAAAAUAACAAACAGUAGUGUUAAUACCAGGAGAGCCCGCACUCCACCUACUGCCUCCUCCAAGCGCCUACAGCUUCUCAACAACCAGCCUGAAAAGCGUUCCAGAAAAGAGCCAACGUUGAACGACUCAAAACCAGAGGUUGUCCAGAUUCCAGAUAAACUUACUGUUGGAAAAAGGAAAGGCAAUAUCACUUCAAAAGUUGUUAAGAUAAAAAAAUCGGCAGCACCAAAAAAGUCUCAAGGACCGAAGAAAGCAGGAAUUGAGGCGCCUUUACCGGUGAACUCCGUGAUUGUGAACUCCACUCAGAAAACAAAGUACACUCUAGAAGAAGUAUUAGGAUCAGGUGGAUUUGGUUAUAUCUACAUAGUCACCGUCGAGGGCACAAAGCGCAAAGCUGUCAUGAAAGUCGAGCCUCAAGAUAAUGGGCCCUUGUUCAGUGAGAUGCACUUCUAUCAGCGUGCUGGGAAGAAUGACCAGCUCCAAUCCUGGACCAAAUCUAACAAACUCAAAUACUUGGGGAUACCCGAGAUGUAUGGGUUUGGGAUACACCUUUACAACAAGAUCAAAUACAGGUACUUGGUUAUGCCGUUAUUUGAAGGAGACCUAUUAAAGAAGCACGAAGAACACAAGAAGAAAUUCUCCGUACAGACUACCCUUAUCCUCUGUAUUCGGAUGGUAGAAGCACUGCAGUACAUGCACGAGGCUAGCUACGUGCACGCAGAUAUCAAGAGCGCUAAUAUUCUCCUCAGGAACGGCGGCAAAGAGGUUUUCCUAGCUGAUUUUGGAUUGGCUCGCAAGUACGUUAUGGAGGGAGUACACAAGACUUAUAAGGAAGAACCAGCUAAAGCUCACGAUGGCACUAAGGAGUUCACCAGUAUAGAUGCCCACAAAGGAGUACCGCCCUCCAGACGAGGAGAUAUGCAGAUACUAGGCUACUGCUGUAUUAACUGGUUGGGGGGGUCAUUACCUUGGUAUUCCUGGGAUAACUGUAACAACAUCCGCUCUGAGAAGAUUAAGUAUGAGAAGAAAAGCUCUAACUUGUUGGAGUUCAGUUUGGGUCUAGCUAACUUAUCUUCCAAACCUUGGAAGGCUAUUAAGAACUUCUUGACGAACGUGUUUUCCCUGGGUUACGAAGACAAACCCAGCUACUCCACCAUUUCCUCUUAUCUCAAGUCCGGCCUCACUACAACAGACACUGGGUACAUGGUAUGGUCGUGAGAACAAGGCAGUAACUUUGUUAAUGGAGACAAUUAAUCACUGUUUUUAACAGGUUUAACGUUAAGUGACUACGUCAUUACUACGUCAUUACUACGUCAUUACUACGUCAUUACUUUAUAAUGACACCUAGUUGGGUGUAAUUGUAACACCGUGUUCUGGUUCUGUUCUUGCUCCUUUUUAUGGAAGUGAAGAGAGAAGGAGAAGCUCAAUAACUAAUAAUGCUAAUAUUGCAGAGAUAUCUGAAUGACAUUUCAUGAUUUUAGAGUCACAUGCAAUUUAAUUAUUAUUAAAAUGAGGUUUCGAAUUGUUUUUUCAUUUGUUGUACUUUCAACUUUUAGUAUUAAGAA